AUGGCCGAAGAAAUCUUGGGAGAUAUUCAUGAGGAGGUGCAUGCCACUGUUCUUUCUCAUAGUUUAGGCGAUGCUGAAUUGGAUGGGCGGCAUGAAGGAAAAAACAGUUCUACAACCGAACAAGGUGUAGAAGGCUUAGAAGCAUCUAUUUUAGAAUCAUCAUCAAAUUUAUCUGGCUCUUCCCCAAAUCAUAUAAUGAUAGCACCCUCAUCGGGUGUGAAUUUUAGCAAAUUGCUGUCGUUUGUUGGUUCUUGUUCUAUAAAUUUGUUAGUACCGUUCUUAAAUGGGCUAAUGCUUGGUUUUGGGGAAUUACUUGCUCAUGAAAUAAGUUGGAAGUUCACGUGGUUUAAUAGGGAGCGCAAUAGCGGAUAUAGAAUUUAUCCAGAGACGAGGAAGUUGUUUGAGAUGAACGAAGAGCUCAAGACAGAUCAGCAGCAACAGCAGCAAGAUGGACUUGACAUCGAUCACCCUAACUCAGAUGGAUUUUUAUAG